AUGCUCGCCGCUGCCCGUAUGCGUUCUCUCCGUUCCAAGACCAUCUCCAUCCUUUUUGACGAACUGUACAACCUCGACGACAGCACUGGCACGGGCCGUCAGCCACACCCACACGCCCGCCUUCUCCUGCUGGUCCGGUCCGCCCACAGGCUGUCCGAAUCUUCCGAGGGCACGUACUUUGUCGUCGAAGAGUUCACCGAGGCUGCGAUCAACGUCUUGCUCGAGGUCGGCGACACGCUCCGCAACGCUGUUAUUUCCGAAGACAUUGAACCGGCCCUCAUUUUUGAUGGCCUGGCCGAACACGCCGAUGACAUCGUCGUGUCCCUCCGGGGGACUCCGGGAAAUUGCCUCAGCCGCCUCGCCCCAAUGUAA